AUGCGGCAAUUUCAUAAGCUUGAGGAACCAUUUAUGUUUAUUGAGUAUCACCCAAGAAUGGGGACACAGGAAUUCGAAAGAUUGGAGAGCUUAACCAUGUCACUUCUUUGGUGUCGCAAGGCAUCUUCUUCUGAGGACUUUAUAGAAGUAUAUGACAUCAUCUACAACCACUGUACAGAAGUGACGGAAACAUUUGAAACCAAGGGAGCAAAGGUUUAUGAGAGUUUGAAGAAGGUUCUUCUAUCGUAUGUGGACCGGCUCAGAUGCUUUACGUCCCUUAAGACUCUUCACAGCCAACUGCUGGAGUUUUCAAAUGCUUUAGACCUUGUGGCCAAGGCUUAUUCGUACUUGGAAAGAUACUUUAUCAGGAUCAGCGUGGAGAGGAGGGAUGGGCAUAUUCAAGACAUCAAAGCCCUAGGAUAUACGAUAUUCUAUAGAAGGUACAUGGAAAGGAUCAUGAGUCAAGCCAGGGAGAUAAUCUUCUUUGAGAUCGGGGUCUCGAGAAGUAGCAGGGACUACAACUUCUUGCGACUAGGAGAGGCUGUCCGACUUCUCAAAAGAAUGCUAUUCUUUUGUGACGAGUCAUCGGUGUAUGAGGACAUUGUACAGGGAUAUCUUGAUGGAUUCCAUGGAUCAAUGGACUUUAGUGGAGAUAUCAAUAAGGUUCUGAAGAGGGUGUAUCUGGAGAUAUACAUAGCUUCGAAGGUUUUUGAUCCAGACAGUAAUAAGCUAUACAAAGAGAUUGUAUCCAGGGUUCGGGACAGGUUUGAUGAUGUCUUGAAGCUUCUUGGCUGGAAAAUGGAAAGGUUUGAGAAGUUUAAGUUAUAUGUGAAGAUUGUUCAUUUCAUGGAGCCUGAGUACAUGGGGAGGAUUAGUGAGAAGUACAAGGAGAUUAUUCGAAAGAAGAUACUUGAGGCAAGAAGUCUUAAAGACCUGACUUUAGAAUAUCUCAGGGUCUGUAAGCAAAUGAAAGAGAACCUCAUGAAUGAAGAUGAGCUUGUUCCAUAUCUAAAUGAAGAGAUAAGGAAACAUCUGUAUAUUUCCGGAAGGCUUGGGUUUGAAGAUGAGGUUCACAAGCACAUUGAUGGAGCAAUAAGGGAGGGAGAGGAGAUGGAAGGAGAGAUGGAAGCUCUCGUUGUGUUUGCAAGCCUUAUGUCCAAUAAGGAAGCGAUUGUCGAAAAGAUAACACAGGAUGCCCGAAAACGGAUGCUAGGAUGUAGGGGAAACCUGAAAAAAGAAGGAAUGCUGGUUUCGUUGAUGCAAAAGCAUUUUGGGGGUACCAUUAACAGGGCCAUAAGUAUUAUGUAUGAGAAUCAAGUGAGCAGUGUAAAGAGUGGAUUUAAUAUAGCUGGGCAGGGUUGUGAACUGGUUACAGAAGCAAGGUUUUUAACAAAGGGAUUCUAUGACCUGCGGGCAAGCGGAGAGAAUCUUCCGCAGCCUCUGAAGGAUAUCUGGAGAAUUGUAUCCCAACCGAAGAUGAUGAGCUACCCAAGAGGGGAGUUGGUAUGCUGCCAUAGCCUGUCACCGAUGAUAUUUUCAAUGAAUGGGUUCAACUUCCGGAUGGGGACCGACAAACUACUAAUAAUGCUAUGGCUGAAUGUUGACAGAGAGAUACCUGACUUAAAAAGAUGUGUUGGAGGGUCUGGGUUUGAGGGGAACCUUGAGUACCUCCUGUCGCAUGGAUUUAUUAUAUGUAUGGAUGGUGUUAUCUCACUCAACAGAAUGUUUUCUCACAAAGAGUAUAAUUACAUAAGGAACAAGUAUAAGGACAAGGUUUGUCUUCUGGACUCCGAACAGAAUCUGAUUUCUGGGAGGAUGGAAAAGAAGAUGGAAGAAGCUGAAGAGAUUGUAGACUUGUUUGAAAUUGAGUUUGCGAGGGUUAUGGCUAAGAGAGAGAUGGAAACAGUGGGGGUGCCUGACGCCAUUCUAGAAGCUAGGAUUACUCGGAUACUGAAGAAAAGAAAGAGGGUGGAGAUAUCUCAGAUGAUCGCAGCGAUUGAAGAGGAAUUUGGAAGUGACGAGAAGAGUGUGAUGGAGACGAUUAGAAAACUUAGUGAAAAGGAGUACUGUAAGAUUUGUGGGGACUACCUGGAGUAUAUUCCUUGA